AUGAAGGUCAAGAUGUUAUCUCGUAAUUUGGAGGAUGCUUUGAGGGAAACUAAAAAAGACAUUCAUAAAGUUCCCAGGAAUUACAAACAAUCUUUGCAUCCUUUUGAAGUUACACGAGAAUAUACCAGAGUUCUCAAUGCCGUCAAAUUGGAAAGGGUUUUUGCUAAACCUUUUUUAGGUUCCUUUGACGAACACAGAGAUGGCAUCAGCUGCCUCUCCAAACACCCACAACAUCUUUCAACUGCAUAUUCUGGUAGCUGUGAUGGUGAAAUUAGAAUCUGGAAUAUUGGUGAAAGAAAAUGUUUGAAAUCUCUGACAGCUCACGUGGGUUUUGUGAGAGGAAUCUGCUUCAAUACAAAAUCAGAAACUAUGUUAUCGUGUGGGGACGAUAAAGUCAUUAAGCAAUGGUCGCUGGCAGAUCUUUUUGAAAAUCAAGCAGAUGAUCCUGCAGUCACUAUCAUCGGCAAGACAUUAUACACUGGCAUGGAUCACCACAGAAAGCAGGACGUGUUCUCAACAUGUGGACAACAAAUAGACGUCUGGGAUGAGGAGAAAGUUGAACCAGUACGAACGUACAAGGACAACAACACUUCCGUUUCCAUUAAAUUCAACCAAUCAGAAACAAACUACCUACUUUCAACGUUGACGGACAGAAGUGUGGCACUGUUUGACAUCAGGCACCCGUUUGUCAUAAGGAAGGUUGUCAUGAAGAUGAACAGCAAUGCAGCCGUAUGGAAUCCGUUGAAACCUUUGUUUUUCACCGCAGCCAAUGAAGAUUACAACUUGUACACAUUUGAUAUGAGGAAAAUGAACGUGCCUGUGGUCAUUCACAAAGAUCACAUCUCUGCAGUGAUGGAUUUGGAUUUUUCACCGACCGGUGAAGAGUUUGUAUCAGGCAGUUACGACAAAACCAUCAGAAUCUUUCCGUCGAAGGGGGGACACAGCAGAGAUGUCUACCACACGAAGAGAAUGCAGAGGGUUUCCUGCGUCAAGUGGUCACUGGACAGUCGCUUCAUUUAUUCUGCCUCUGAUGAUAUGGUCAUCAGGGUUUGGAAAGCUAAUGCUUCAGAAAAGCUCGGAGUGCUAAAGCCGAGGGAAAAAGAAGCUUUUUGUUAUUCGCAAGCUCUAAAGAACAAGUUUGCCCAACAUCCACAAGUUAAAAGGAUAGCGAGACAUCGGCACGUACCUCGCCACGUGUACACAGCAGCUCAGGAACACAGAAUCAUUCACGAUUCACUGAAGAGAAAGGAGACCAACAAAAGACUACACAGCAAACCAGGAACAGUUCCUUUUAUAUCAGAAAAGAACAAAAAAAUUGUUUCAGAAAUACAGUAA